AUGACUUUGCUUGGUCGAAUCCCUACUAGGGAACCGCAUUUUCCUGUGUCAUCGCCGGUGGACAAGUCGCCCAAUAAUAUGCAGUUUCGUUCGAAGUCCUUUGCGGCCCAUAUCGGAGAGGUCAAGAACCUCCAAAAUUAUUGCCGCAAUACUGCUAGCCAGUACGCACUCCUUAUAGUCGACUCGCACGGAACCUCUCAGGUGUAUGGGUCCGAUGCUUUUCAACCUCACCUGGAUGCCUGGUUUGCAGACCAUGUCCGCAGUGAAGCCGCCCAAAUUUCAGUACAAUCUGUCCAAAAAUGCGGGAUGCAGCAACGCAGCAACGGAAUCAACUACGACAAGGACGAUCAAUCACCGAGACAGCUCGAUAUCGCUGCUGAUGGUGAUGUGGAUGACGACGAUGAGGGCAACGAUGAGGAUGGUGUAACUUGGGCGGACGCAGAGGGGGAGGACGAAAACGGUGACCACUCCAGCAGACAGCAAACACCCCCACAAUACGGCGUUGAUAAAAUAAUGCGCAAUGCUCUUCCACCGCCACCUGAGGAUCAGCGUCGCAUGAUGCGUGUCAAUCAUCGCAAGCGAUCGCUCGACAACGAGACAACGCCAGGAAAGAAGCGGCGCCCAACCGUAAAGCGAAAUGUGCGCAGAUCCUCAUCGUCAGGCGAAUCUGGCGAUGUUGUUCUACAAGAGGAGGUAGAAUACAAGGGAUUGGACAUUACGAACGAGGAAGAGGUUAAUACCUUUUUCGAGACCCGUCUCCGACAGAUGCAGCAGCUUGUUUGCAAGGUAGUCGCAAAAUGUUGGAUUAAAGUUAUCGAGCCCAAGAAACAAUCGAAUUUCCCUUACAAUCGAGGCGAGGAAAGCAAGCCGUCAUGGUGGCCUGCGAACGCCCGGCAUAAGGAGCCAGAUCAUUUGAUGAAACCUGAACGUCUGAGAUUGCUGUUAACUAUGCUUCGCUGCCGAAAGGUUCCUGUGUCAAAACUGGAAGCUGCCACAGCUGAAGCUACAGCCCACAUUCCCCUAGAGAAAGCACCGCUCCUAGAAGAGAUUUACCGUGUUGCAAAGCUAGAAGAGCGUUUUCUAGCUGGUGGACUUGCACCUGGAACUCUGUGCUACGUUGCAGCUUCAGAAAAGAUCGUCAAAAGUCCAAAUCAAAAGGCGCCUUCUCCUAAAAUGAUUGGAGGUGGAAACUCGUCCUCGUCCCCAGCUAGUAGUGUGCAUGCCGGAGGAUCUAUUCGAUCCAACUUGGGCCGUAGGAUGUCGGCGGCUAGCCCAGAUGGACAGCAGCUUUCUCCAGUUCUCACAACUAGAGAUACCAAUCUUCGAGUUGCUCCCAGAAUUAACACAGGCGACGCAAUUGCGCCAAACACAAUGCCUCGUCUGCAACCGCACAAUCACAAUCCCUUUUCAGGGACAAGAGCCCAGGCAAACAUUCAGCCUCUCAACCCAACUGGGGCUCUUGGAUAUAGUACUGGUGCCUUUGCUCCUCAAUCAUCAGCUGUUCAAGAGGAACAGCAGGAGUACAUGGGUAACCACCAGAUUCCCAUGUACUUCAGUGUCUUGAGCCACCAACAACAGCAGCAGCAGCAGCAACAACAGCAACAUCGUCAUUCUGUGUCUCAUUUCCCGGUGCAAAACACCCCGCAUCUCCGACGCAGUAAUACGAUGCCUGCUGUCCCCCAGACGUCAGCGGCCUAUCAGAACUGGAACUCUCAGAUCCCCAACGGCAUGCCUAAUGGUUCAAUGGUAGGCGGGGGAGGGUUGUACUCCCCUUACAGCCCUAGCGCCCAAUCUCAGCAGUCCCCGCACGGACCCCACCAUCAAGUGCAUGGUGUCUCGCAGACUGGGAGCACACCUCCCACGCCCGUGACUGCUUCUUCGUACCAACAGCCGAUGCAGCUACCCCCGCCUCUCCCGCCAAUGCAUCAGCAUCAGCAACCUCUGGUCACAUCUCCUCCCCAUGAGAUUGAUGGAGGCGAGAAUCGUAACGAACAUUACUCCGACUUUCUCGCCAGUGACUUGGCAAACGCUGAGAACUCUGCUGGGAAUGUUAAUGAUGGCCAGCAGGCUGGUCCAAGCAAGUAA